AUGGGCAAGGGUUUCUGCUAUGACGGCUGGUACUUUCUCCAUAUUUACUUUUGGAAUUACUACCCGGGCCUUGAAAUCCUUGCAAGUAUUCCUACAGACUCCGACCGUUUUGAUGAAUGGGCUCAGAGCUACAAGGAGAGGUUGGACACUUUCCUAAAGAGCGACACUGCGAAGAUAGACAAGGAGAGAGAUCGAUACUUCAAAGAUAGUGACGGAAGAGAGUUCGUUGCCACAAGGGACCCAAGACGCAACACGAGCGACGGACAUUGGCAUUACAUGAUCGACUUUGACAACCUCACCUUUGUCGUGAAUGGUCGCCCGAUAUGUAGCCUACCUUUCAUGCCUAUUGAAGACAUAUUCGAAGGCUGGAAACCCAAUCAGUCAGCUUCUCACUCCAUGCCGUAUAACCAUCGCUACAUAUUCCAUCGUUGGCCGGCGAAAACUCCUCCGGUUUCUGUCUUCUCGUACGAACAUGUAGUGAAGGCAGAGAAGGAGAUCUCUGUAGAUGAGCUCUUGGACGUUGGCGAAUGCCUGACGCCUCGAGAAAAACUACGAGACUCCAUCCUUCAAGUCCUGGUCGGCACUUUUCUCAACAUAUACUCCCCCGGUGAUCAUCUUUUUUGGCUGCCAGCUUUCUCUGACCGAAAAGACAUCCCGCUGAAAUUGCGCAGAGCCGCAGCUAGCUCGGUAUUCGGUCCCAUCUUUGUGUACGACUUAGAAUGGACAUACGAGGGCCCGGACGAUGCGUUGGCGUUAACUUGGCUACGAGCGGAUGUUUUUCUGUGGAUCACCAACGACUUGAGCACGCCAGAAUCUGUACAUCGGGAAGCCGGAGCGAGUCUUUCGGAGAUCGACAAGUCGAUUAAACGGGGAACGAUAUUUGGAAUUCUCUUCUCCUUUUUCGAUGUGGUGCUCCUUCGUGCGACCUUGGACGGUGACAAAUGGGACUACAAAUAUACAACCACUUUACCAUUUCUUCCGAAACCACUUGCAACCAGUAUGGCAACUGCAGGCAUUACGUCCGUGGCUCGUCUAUCUAAUCGACCAAACUUGUGGCUCUCGUGUAGCACUUCCGACGCCUUCGCGAAAUGUGCUGUUGUCCGUCCAGUUUUGACCCAACCACAACGCUUCCCCACGGAAAUCUGGAUCGCUAUCGCCGAAUUCAUUUACAGUCCCCAUAGCAUGGUUAGUUUUGCGGCGGCAAGUUUACAGUGCCGAGAAGUGGCGGCAGAAGUCUGUCGAUCCUGUCGAUCCGGAUGGACAAGAUUUCUGGAACCGAUUCCUAUCGAUUGGGACUGUUGCCCCAGAAUCGAGGAUCUUCGUCGUGAAGGCGCUACUCACUUUCAUUUUACGACUUACCUCCUCUACGAGCUUGGCGUUCUCCGAAAAACAACAAGAAUCAAACCUGAGUUCCAGUACGGUAUGCUUCUCGGUGUCGACGAUGGUGGCCUACGUGUUGUGCAUCUCGGCAGUCACCUAACCGGAAUACAUAGGCACUACCCUUCAGGAAAAACGGUCGCACGACUUGCAUACCUCCUCAAAAACGGCUUCAUGCUCUGGUACUCAUUCCCCGUGGAUACACACAGGGAUAUGUCGAAAUUGGACCUCGAUAAGUAGAUAUGUUUCGUUGUGGUAUGGUGAGUUGCCACCAUGCAAUAUGAUUGCAUCAGUUCCUAGUCUCUGCACAACAUGUUUUUGGUAGUACUGUUCCUGCUGUAGCCCAGCCCGACUUUUGGUCAACAGCGCCUUGAAA